UCGCCAUCACAUUCCGAAACCUUUUGUGGUGAAUAUUUGAAAUUCGGACAAUUUUACAAAAAAGGCGCCUUUCGAUAAAUAAUAUUGUUACGAAAUUGGGAUUAACAAAUCAAAUUCGUGCCUAAAAAUUCGUUAUUUAAUGAAUCUAACUCAUUAAAAUGAAGACUCUAGAGGAGGUGUCGUUCGCGAUGAGCUGGGGGUGGAGAAUCACCCCUUAAAACCCUGCAAAAUCAAUUAAUUUUAGUUUAAAAAGCUUUUGUUUGUGAAGUUAGUUGCAUAUGCGACUUCCUCUGACUAUAAACAAAUAUUUUCUUCGACGUUUUUUGCUUUAAAAAUUGUUAAUUCAGUGGAAAUUUGACACGACACUCGAAGUGGGCAUUCUCACAAUUGCCUCUGAUUCCCAAACUUCGCUAAGUGCGCAGUUUUCCUGGAAAAAUGUUUCCUUCCAACCGGAAACACAAUGGGUAUUCGAACUCCUGCAAUUCGUCUCAGCUGGAAUUGCCGGAUGUAUUCAGCUCACCGAGGUCAGAUGAUGAGCUAGAAGUUGAGCUAGAUGACCCAAUGGAUUUGCUCCAUUUGCUCUCGGACAACGUGAGGCAGGAGUAUUUGAACUAUUUGGAGAAGUUGCUGCAUGUUAAUUACGAAACUUGGAUGAUCUGCAAUUCGCCGGAAGAUCAGCAACAGCUCAAUCUUCAGGACAUGCAUGUCUGUGCUAAGAUUCUAGAGCAGAAAGCUGUGAAAUCCUGCAUGAUUGUCAACCUCUACCGAAAAGCCAUGCUCAAAAUCAUUUCAGAGAUUCGCCAAGAAACCAAAAGCCAAAAAUUGAGCAAUCGUCUCGUAAAGUGUCACGCAAAUUUAAAAUCAAAGUUCUGCAAUGCUGAAACGCAGACUGAGCAAGAGAACUUCCUCAUUGAGCGGUAUUUCCAGGAAUCACAUGCGAUUCCUGUGAAACCGCCAUCGCCAAAGAAGAAACGCAAAAAUCCGUCGAAGAAACGACGUAAAAGUCCUAAGCCUAAAGUUCAAGAAGAGCCACCACCACCUCCAGCUCCGGUGGCUGAAAAGGACGAAAUCGAAGCGAAUCUCGAGAAACUCUUUGCUUCGGAACACAAUGAAUUGGACAUAUUUGACAAUGCUGGUGAAUUUGAUCCGCACAUCAAGUUGGUUUUGUCAGAGGCGAAAGAUCCUCCGGUAAAAGCAACUGAAGAGAUCAGAUCGCCUAAGCUUCCAGUUAGUGAGGAGAAUCAGAAAGACUCACUGAGGGACAGUAUUUGGCCGUGCGAGUUGCGAAUGCGUCGGAAGAAGCUUUACGAAAUUAUGUGUAGCGUUGGGGAGUUUAGUUUGAGGCGCUACGAAAAGGUAAAAGUGGUCUUCCUCGAACUCUUCGGAGAAGACAGUGACGACGAGGAAGCUCCUAUAAGUCCGUCUACGGAUAUGGACAGUGUAACAUUGAGCAGCUGUAGGAAGCGCAUUGCUCCGACAAUUGUAAAGCAUCUCAUGAAGCCCUUCAAUGAAGGACUCAUUGCCAAUCGAUGGUUGUUCAAGAAGUUAGCCAAGAGUUUGGCGGACAGUAUUGUGAUCGAGAAUGACUAUCCAGAUGAGCGAUACAUCAAGAAUUUCAUUGAGGAUUACUUUGCUUUUCAUCCCAAAGUUGUUGACGUUACCGACAUCGUUUGAAAGGUAAGUUACUGUCAACGCAAAUACUCCUUCGAUCUCUCUAAUUUACCCACCAAAGGCGCUUCUACAAUAUUAUAACUUCUGUGACAGUGAAAUAAAAAGUGCUUCAAAAUAUGCAAUUUUUGAUGCGGAAGUGUAUUUUUUCUCCACAUCCCAUUGAUUUAUUGAUACAAUUAUACUUUGAACUAUAGACAACUAUGUUGAUACACCUAUUGUAAUAUUAUGUCUCCGAAAACAAAAACCUUUCGGAGAUUUAAAAUUCUGUAAAUAGAAACUUAAAAACUUAAA